UGUCUCGCGAUCUGUCUGCCUGCUGCGGUCGUCGCCGAACACCGAACGGGUUUCAGUUGACGGUGCGCUUUGGGCCGGUACGGUUCUGUGGCACGAUUUUUCUUCGCGAGAUCUUUUCGACGUUUUCGUUCGCGCGUAUCUGAACCGAUACGCACACGAAAACACUCUGACACGUGCCAUCGUUCGGAACUCUGUAAGAUCGCUCACGUUUUUUUGGACGUUCCAGAGUGACGUUUUAAGAACGAGUAUGAAUUCUUUUUUUAAAAAAAUGGUGUCUUGCCUCUGUGGUGAUUCAUAAAACUGGUUAAUCUGAUCGAGUUUGAUUCCGAAACGAGAACGUUCCAAGCGGACGGAGAAAUAAGAAGUGGUGGUUCGUCCAAAGACGACAUCAAUUUGCGGAUAAAAGGGGAUAAAAGGAAUUAUACGAGCAAGAUCAGCUGUUACCAAAUCUCAGCAUACGAACCAUUGGCUGCUGUUCUUCAGAUCGUUGGUGUAAAACACCACCCCUUGUGUUCGAUCGCAGCAAUAGCAGAAAUUCUUUUUGGUAUUCUUCGUCAGAGCGCUAAUCCAAGCGCCAACUAACUUUCAAACUGGCAGCCAGCGCCCUAGCAGCUAUGAACACUCACUUUCACUCCUACGGGGGACCGGAGUUGACGUCACCGCAUCCCCCGUCUCCGGAUAACAAUAAUUACCAACAUCCUGGUCCAGGACCCCACAUGCACCCUACUAAUGGCCACAGUAUGGGACCUUUAGGCCAUCCUGGUGGUCCGCAUGACCAAAUUUCCCACGGCCACCACCAUCCAGCCUUUAGUAGUGGAGGACCACCACCGGGCGCUCCACAUCAUCCCCAUCACGCGAGCAACAACAACAAUAACAAUAAUACAGUGAAAGUUUGUGCGGGUUGUGGCGGUAAAAUAAUGGAAAGGUUUCUUCUUCACGCUUUAGACAGGUACUGGCACAACGGGUGCUUAAAGUGUUCAUGUUGUUCCGCGAUGUUAGCCGAUAUCGGAUCGUCGUGUUUCACGAAGGGUGGAAUGAUCCUUUGCAAAAUGGAUUACAUGAGCGCCCGCAGGUUAUUCGGAAGCAGUGGGGCGUGCGCUGCGUGCGGCCAAACGAUUCCCGCGAGCGACUACGUGAUGCGUUCAGGAGGCAGCGGCGGUGGCGGAGGUGGUGGCGGCAAUAACGGCGGCCACCAAGCGACGGCGCAACAUCCCGGAGGCGGUGGCGGUGGCGGCCACGUCUUUCACCUCAAGUGCUUCGCGUGCAGCAAGUGUGGGGCACACCUGGUGCCUGGAGACCGAUACUACAUGCUCUCGGGGAACCUCGUCUGCGAACAGGACUGGCACAAGCUUUUCAAAGCGACGGCGGCGCCGACAGUGCGAAAGGGCAAAGUCGGAAGGCCGCGCAGGAGUCGCGAUUGAAGCACAAUGGACCCACCGUACUAUUCCUCGAACACAGAUAUUUAUACGCAAUUGGACAGAAACAGUCAAACAUCAUCAUCAUCAUCACUGACUUCAACGACCGGUCUUUACCAUCUACCAAGAUUCUGCGAUUAUUGGUCGGCGAAUCUUCGCCAAUAGAAUAAGAAAAAUCAAUUUAUAAUCGAUGAGAGUCAGGUAUUCGUAGGACAACGAAUAAAAAUGUGAGAGAAACUUGAAUUUAAAAACGGGGUAAAAGUAAAAGUGUAAAUUCUAUUUUUCUGUGACGCGAAAAAAAUUUAAUUUCGUUUUUGUAAAAAAAUUACGUGAAACACUGUGGUCCAAAGAGAAGCGAAAAAAAAAGUAAGAGACAAUCGGGGUGACGUCGGAAGUUUUAAUAAUUAUUAAAUAAAAAUUAAAUUAAAAGAAAAUGAGUUGUGGCUGUAAAUAUUUUGUAAAUAUUAUUAUGUAUAAUAUUCAAGAUUAAGAAAAUGGUUCAAUUAUUAUAAUAACUUUAUUAUUAUUAAUUAAUUAUUAUUAAACGACAUCAUAAUUUGUCAUUUACUGUGAAAUUUCUGUCGAUAUAGUAUAAAAUAGUAACUAAACUGAACCGCAUCUUUUCUGUUACUCAAAUCCAUGUUGUUACUCUAUUAUUAAUUAUAGAGAUAAUUGUUACAAAUUUUUCUCUGGUUAUCAUCAGCGCGUAUAACUUUUUAACAUUCAAUCCCGUACAAUCAUAAUAAAAGAAAUAAAAUAAUCGCUCGUGGAACUCAUUUAAUAAUUUAGA